CAGGAAUACAGACUCAACAUUCGUCACUCUAUAAAAUCUGAUAAUCACUCUGCAAAAACAAAUCAAGAACUCUCCAAGAAACAGAAUAUUCUCGAAUUUGAUUAGAGGGAAGAUGAGUGUUUUGCAAUAUAAAGAAGGUGUGAGUUCUAAUGAUCUUCAGAUAUGGAACAAUGCCGCAUUUGAUAAUGGAGAUCUUAAAGAAAUUUCAGGGAAUAAGCCUUCAUGGAGUCCUAUAAAGCCCAUGUUGUUGAAUUCGACAGAGUCGAUCAUCUCGGAUUCUUCGAGCAAAGAGAAUGAGGGUCCUCUGUUUGAGAACCCAAUUUCUUCUGUUUCUUCUUCUCUCAGAUCUGUUGUGACACCCUUCAAGCCGGUUAAUGUGAAUGGAGCUUCGGAGAAUUUGAAAACUAGAGGAAUUUCAAAACAGGAUUUUGAAGAGAAGGUGGAUUUGAAGAGUUUCGAUGAGGAAAUCGAGGAGAUUGAGAUGGAAAUUAAAAGAUUGACUUCAAGAUUAGAGGCUCUGAAACUGGAAAAGGCUGAUAGAAGUGUAAAAACAAUGGAAAAGAGAGGAAGAGUGAUCCGGGCGAAGUUUUUGGAACCUAAACAGAGUGUUAAAAAUGCGGAAGAGAAGAAAGAGAUUGAACAGACUUCAUCAAUGAGAGCAAGAACUGGGGUUCAGAGGAAGGGGCUUAGUUUAGGACCUGCAGAAAUUGUUGCUGGCGCAAGAAGGGGAAUGAGUAUGGGGCCUUCUGAGAUUUAUGGAUCUGCGAGAUCCCUGAAAUUGGGCAAGCAAGAAAUGGUCACACCUGCAAAAGUUGUUGCUGAAGCUCGAAGGGGAAUGAGUAUGGGGCCGUCCGAGAUUUUUGGAUCCGGGAAAUCCCAAAAACUUGGAAUGAUCACACCUGUUCAGCCUUUACAGAGUAGACGAAAAUCUUGCUUCUGGAAGUUAGAAGAUAUUGACGAAGGGAAAGUGAUGAGUAAAGAAAGGGGGAAGAGUUCAAGUGUUAGCCCUGAUUCAAGAAAAACUAUGGCAAAUUCUCGGCUUUUAUCAAGACAGGCUGUUACUACAGUUGGAUCCAAGAAGGCUGUGAAGAAAGAGGAUCGAAUGGUGAACUCUGUUCAGCCCAAGAAAUUGUUCAGAGAUGGCGAGAAGUCUGUUCCUGCUAAGCCAUUAAGGACAGGUAGAGUUGUAGCGAGCCGGUAUAAUCAGAGCACAAAUCCUGCCUCAGAAAUGAGAAAGCGAUCCUUGCCAGAUAAUGGUAAGGCUGAGAAUAGGGGUGAUAAGAAACGCUCUCUAUCAGCUGGGAAACCUCGUGUAACUUUCAGGGAUGACAAGAAUUUAGGCAUUGAAAGUCGGGUGAAAAAGCGAUGGGAAAUUCCAAGUGAGUUUGUUGUUCAUAGUAGUUUGUUGGAGGGUGAGAAUUCUCCACGGUCUACUACUGCUGUUCUUGAUUUGCUUCCAAGGAUUAAGAUUUCUCAGUACACCAAUGAGAGCCCCCGGGAUUCCGGCCCUGCAAAAAGAGUGGUUGAAUUGAUUGGGAAGAAAUCAUAUUUCUGCUAUGAUGAGGAAGUGGAGCCAUCAGUCUGUCAAGCCUUGAGUUUUGCAGAAGAUGAAACUGAAGAAAAUUAAAGGGAAUAACGAGAAUACGUUAAAAAUCAUCCUUAAAAUUCUCAUUCCCAUAUUAUACAGCAGCGCAGUUUCACUUCUGAUGUAAUAUACUCUGAGCCAUUAGUUCUUAAUUUUCUUCAAAUGUGAUAUCAUAAUUGAAAUAAGCUUUUUCGUUUUUAUGUGUAAUGAACAUUGAGAAAGCAUACUUGUGCCUUCUCCUAAUA